AUGGCAACGCGUGCCCGUGUCAACUCGUCGCUCCGUGCGCAGCACAUGCCGUCGCACUUUCGCCACAUCGAGGGCACGUUCACGAACGCGCGCGGGCAAAACUUGUCCUACUUGGCGCUGUUCCCACCGCUGGACGCGCCGCUGCGUGCGUUCGUGCUCUACUUGCACGGCAUUGGCGACCACAGUCGCCGCUACUUUCACCUCUACGAGCGCCUGUGUUCGAGUGGCUUUGGCGUGUUUGCCUACGACUUGGUAAGUCACGGCGCGAGUGACUCGGACCGCCACGGACUGCGGGCGCACAGUGCCAAGUUCCAGCACUUUGUCGACGACACAAACGAGUUUGUCGCGCUCGUCAAGUCGCAGCUGAUAAUGCAAUUGGGACUCGGCUCGUACGCGCUGGCCGAUGCGCCGCCAUUUCUCUUGUCCGGCAUGUCGUACGGGACAUUGGUGGGGCUGCACACCAUAUUGAGUGGUCAACACACGUUCCACGGCCUCGUGCUCGUUGCGCCGGCGCUAUUGGUCGAAAUGACCACCAUCUUGCGCAUCCAGGCCGUGUUCGCGCGGCCCCUAAGUACGCUCGUACCUAAAGCGCGCAUUGUGCCGGGCGUGAAUGGCGCCUUUUUAUGUCGCGACCAAGCCUACCUCGACGACUUUCGAGCAGACCCGUUGACGGUAUCAGAACCGGUAACUGCCCGCAUGGGCGCUGAGACAUUGAAAGCCAUGAAAGCGCUUGAGACAGACAGGCGGGUGCAAGCACCGGAUAGUGUGCUGGCCACUGUACCGAUUUUGAUGAUGAUGGGGUCGAACGACAAAGUCACGAGUUUGGCACUGGCCCAAGUGUUUUUCCAGCGCCUGGCAACGCGCGACAAGGAGUUUAAGGUCUUUAACGAGUUCUAUCACGCGCUGUUUGACGAUCCCGAGCACGACGCAGUGUUUGACUAUCUGGAAAACUGGUUGGUCCAGAGGUUCCCAUUGGUGCCGAGACGAAGCAACGAAGCAGUUGACACGGAGUUUCAAGGGGGAGAAGAGACGGGUGGGGUUGCGACUGGUGCUGAGGGUGUCGAUGCGAAGGUGUUAGAGAGCAAGAGCAGCGUGACGGCGGAGACUGUUGAUGAUGCUGCACAAGCGACAUUGACGAGUGUGGAAGUGAAGGAGGAGCGUGCGACGGCUGAUGUGCUGGCGACCGAUGGAUUGCGAGCGGAGACUGCUGAGGCUUUUGUUGCAUUAACGGCCGAGUCGACGGCUACGACGGAUGAGCUUGCCAGUGCAAAGGUUGAGCAUGAUGAUGAUACUGCGGGCGUGAGCAAUACGAGUGAGAAGGACGAGUCAGCUUUGGGGACUGUCACGACGAUCGAAAGCAACGGCAACAUGGCGCAAGUGGUAGCAACGAAGGUCAGUGCUUAUGGAAGCAGUGAAGCUCGGAAGACUGGAGCGUAG